AUGAGGCAAUCUCCGCCUGGCGCCUCCUUCGUGGGAGCGCAUGUAUCUGGACAGUCUAAUAAACCAAUGUCUCAGCCAGCGCACAGUUUGACUGCUGAACAGGUCCUAUUAGAACUUCAAGCGAAUGCUUCGAGUGGUCUCAGUGCAGAUGAGGCUGUCAGACGAAUCAAGGAGCUUGGGCUAAAUGAGCUAGAACAGCAAAAGGGUGUUCAGCCAGUAAAGAUUUUCCUUGAGCAGAUCUUCAAUGCGAUGACUUUAGUGUUGUUGAUGGCAUUGGCAGCCAGUUUUGGUAUCCACGCAUGGAUAGAAGGCGGCAUCCUUGGAGGCAUCAUCGUAUUAAACAUUUUUAUCGGCUUCUUCCAGACUCUCCAGGCCGAAAGAACCAUCGACUCACUCCGCAACUUGGGAUCACCAACAUGCGACGUGUUUCGGGACGGCAAAACUAUCAACAUUCAGACAUCUGAUGUGGUUCCCGGUGACAUUGUCGACUUGACAACCGGUGACUCAGUACCUGCGGACAUCAGGCUCAUUCAUGCCGUAAACUUGGAAGCAGAUGAAGCGCUUCUCACGGGUGAGUCGGUUCCAGUUCCUAAGAACCCAAAAGCCACAUUUGACGAUGACACCGGUCCGGGCGAUCGUCUCAACGUGGUCUAUAGCUCCACAACAAUCACCAAAGGUCGUGGUCGUGGCAUUGUCUUUGCGACCGGCAUGUGCACAGAAAUCGGGCUCAUUGCCAGUGCGUUACAAGGAGGAGAUUUGACAGGCAAGGGAAUCGAAUGGGAGCCUCAGCCUACUCAACCUGAGUCUGCGGCCAAGAUGUGGUCAAAGGCUACGAUGGGAUGGUUAGGCAGAUUCCUUGGUCUUACUGUCGGCACUCCUCUACAGAAGAAGCUUGCACAAUUAUUCAUGUGGCUCCUCGCCCUUGCAAUUGUCUGUGCAAUCAUCGUUUUGGGAGCCAACAAAUUUGACACGCAUAGGGAUGUUAUUCUAUAUGCUGUUACGACGGCUGUAGGCACGAUUCCAGUCUCGCUGCUGCUAGUCCUAACAGUUACCAUAGCAGCUGGCGCCAAGAAGAUGCUUGAGAGACAUGUCAUUGUUCGUAAUCUGUCUAGCUUGGAGGCUUUGGGUGGAGUGACAAACAUCUGCUCUGACAAGACCGGAACUAUUACGCAAGGGCGAAUGAUUGCACGCAAAGCAUGGCUUCCGGGACAUGGUACUUACUCUGUCGAAACGACAAACGAGGUAUACAACCCAACAGUUGGCCAAGUAUCAUUUAGCCCUAUGCAGCCCCGAGAUGUAAAUGAAAUCGAAAAGCAGCCAUCGGAAGAGCAAAUUACCCCUCUUGAAGAGGUUUCCAAGAAGCCCUUUCUACGAAGUUAUUUAAAUAUUGCCUCACUCGCCAACUUGGCCACCGUUGAACAAGAAAAGGGUGACUCGACGCAACCAAACCAGUGGACUGCUCAUGGCGCUCCAACUGAAAUUGCUAUUGAGGUAUUCGCAUCUCGCUUUGGUUGCAAUCGUGUGCAGCUCUCGCAGGGAUUGGGUGCGAGAUGGAGCCACAUUGGAGAGUUUCCGUUUGAUUCUGAAGUCAAGAAGAUGUCGGCUCUGUUCUUGAAUACAACGACACAGGAAACCCACAUUUUUACCAAGGGAGCAGUAGAGCGUGUAAUAGAGAUAUGCAACCGCUUUGCUUCAAUGGACGAAAUCAAGCCCUUGGACAGCGUCAUGAAGGCCACCAUCUUAGAAAAUAUGGAGGUUUUAGCAAGCCAAGGCCUUCGUGUCCUAGCACUUGCUCACAAACUCAACAACCGAUCAGCCUCAGCAUCCGACUUUACAGAUGGGAUUGCUCCCAAUCGCGAACGUUUCGAGCGCGAUCUUGUCUUUCAUGGCCUCAUUGGAAUCUACGAUCCUCCCCGUCCUGAAUCCAAAGACAGUGUCCUCAUGUGUCAGGGCGCUGGUAUUGUUGUUCAUAUGCUUACAGGAGACCAUCCACAGACGGCGCGUGCUAUUGCUACUGACGUGUGUAUCCUUCCUUCUCCAGAGAAGAUGCGCAUGCUCCCUGCCGAUGUUGCUCGUACUACAAUGAUGACGGCUCAAGAGUUUGAUGCCCUGAGCGAUGACCAGAUCGAUGCUCUUCCCCAGCUGCCUCUGGUGGUCGCUAGAUGUGCUCCUAGCACAAAGGUUAGAAUGAUUGAGGCCCUCCACAGACGCAACCGCUAUGUUGCCAUGACCGGCGAUGGCGUCAAUGACAGUCCCAGUCUCAAGCGUGCAGAUAUUGGGAUCGCCAUGGGAUCAGGUUCAGACGUCGCCAAAGAAUCGUCCGACAUUAUUCUAACCGACGACAACUUCACUUCAAUCCUAAAUGCCAUUGAGGAAGGUCGUCGGAUAUUCGACAAUAUCCAAAAGUUCAUCCUUCACGUACUCGCGGCCAACAUCGGCUUCGUUAUCUCUCUUCUUACAGGUCUUGCCUUCAAAGACAGCGCAAACGUCUCUGUUUUUUUAUUGACUCCCGUCGAAAUCAUAUGGAUGCUUCUGGGCACCGGUGCCUUUAGUGAGACCGGUCUUGGGUUUGAAACUGCCGUCCCAGACAUUCUUAACCGCCCUCCACAAGACCUCCGCUACGGCAUCUUCACUCCCGAAUUCAUGCUCGACAUGGUCAUCUACGGCAUCCUCAUGGCCGGCUGCGUGCUCGGCUCCUUCACUACAGUCAUCUUCGGCUUUGGCGACGGCAAUUUGGGCGUCAACUGCAACAACGCCUACUCGUCCUCAUGCCACGACGUCUUCCGUGCCCGCGCAACGGCAUACACGGCCAUGACGUGGAUCUUCCUGCUCUUCUCGUGGGAGCUGAUAGACUUUCGCCGGUCUUUUUUCGAUAUGCACAGGGGGGUCGGCGCGUGGGGGGCUCAUCUGUGGGGAAACAGGUUUCUUUUCUUCGCCAUUACAGUUGUCUUCUUUAUUGUAUUUCCGACGCUGUACAUCCCGCGACUGAACACAAUCGUCUUCAUGCAUACGGGGAUUGAUUGGGAGUGGGGCGUUGUGUUUGUUUCUGUCAUAGUAUUUGUUGUCGGAGCCGAAGCUUGGAAGUGGAUGAAGAGAAUCUAUUUCCGGAGAAGAGCACAGGGAUCGGCUUCGACAAAUGAAAAUGCAGUUGCGUGA